AUGGAGGAAGGCAUGAACGUCCUUCAUGACUUUGGGAUCCAGUCAACACACUACCUCCAGGUGAACUACCAGGACUCCCAGGAUUGGUUCAUCCUGGUCUCUGUGCUCGCAGACCUCAGGAAUGCCUUCUAUGUGCUCUUCCCCAUCUGGUUCCAUCUUCGAGAAGCGGUGGGCAUCCAGCUCCUCUGGGUGGCUGUGAUUGGAGACUGGCUCAACCUCAUCUUCAAGUGGAUUCUCUUUGGGCAGCGCCCGUACUGGUGGGUCCUGGACACCGACUACUACAGCAAUACCUCCGUGCCGCUGAUAAAGCAGUUCCCUGUCACCUGUGAGACUGGCCCAGGGAGUCCCUCCGGCCAUGCCAUGGGCACAGCAGGUGUAUACUAUGUGAUGGUCACAUCCACCCUCUCUAUCUUUCGGGGAAAGAAAAAGCCCACCUUCAGAUUUAGGUGUUUGAACAUCGCUCUGUGGUUGGGAUUCUGGGCCGUGCAGCUGAACGUCUGUCUGUCACGAAUCUACCUUGCUGCUCAUUUUCCCCACCAGGUGGUGGCUGGAGUGUUGUCAGGCAUCGCCGUUGCUGAAACUUUCCGCCACAUCCAGGGCAUCUACAACGCCAGUCUCAAGAAAUACUUCCUCAUCACCUUCUUCCUGUUCAGCUUCGCCAUUGGAUUUUACCUGCUGCUGAAGGGGCUGGGUGUGGACCUCCUGUGGACUCUGGAGAAAGCCAAGAGGUGGUGCGCGCGGCCAGAAUGGGUCCACAUUGACACCACGCCCUUCGCCAGCCUCCUGAAGAACCUGGGCACCCUCUUUGGCCUCGGGCUGGCUCUCAACUCCGGCCUGUACAGGGAGAGCUGCAAGGGACAGCUCGGCCAGCGGCUCCCGUUCCGCCUCGGCUGCAUCGCGGCCUCCCUCGUCCUCCUGCACCUCUUCGACUCUCUGAAACCCCCAUCCCGAGUCGAGAUGGUCUUUUACGUCCUGUCCUUCUGCAAAAGCGCAGCAGUGCCCCUGGCCUCGGCCAGCCUCAUCCCCUACUGCCUGGCCCGGAUCCUGGGCCAGACAGACAAGAAGUCUUUGUAA